AUGGUCCUCAAGCUGGUGUCCAGUGGUUGCGCUGGUGGCAAUGGUGCUAGUGGCAAUGGUACUGGUGGCAAUGGUGGCACCAGUGGCACUGGUCGUACCGGUCACGCUGGUGGCAAUGGUGAUACUGGUGGCACUGGUGGUACCAGUAGCACUGGUGGCAAUGGUGGCGCUGGUGGCAAUGGUGGCACCAGUGGCACUGGUCGUACCGGUUGCUGGCACUGGUUGUACCGGUGGCACUGGUGGCACUGGUGA